AUGGCGGGAAAUGUCGUGAAGACUGUUCUCACUGCGGUGGUUAUAAUUGGUGUUCAAGCAGAUGUAGGUGUCUCAAUAAAUAGUCUAAUACAGAUCAGAAAAGACCUGGAAUCAGUGCUUAUAGACUUGUUAAACGACUUGGUCCGAAAAGAUGACGUCACUUGCCUAGUCAUCAUUUGUGAUGCGGUGUAUUUAAACGUAUUUGGAGGAGAUUUUUUUAGAAGUACUUUUGCAGUUCCGCUUGUUAUGAUUCUAGUGGAGGAAAAUGAAGAUUUACUAUCUCCGAAUUAUGAUACACUUGAAACAUUAUGGCAGGCGAGGACAGACGGAUGUAACUUGUAUAUAAUCAUUAUGGCCAAUGGUUUACAAUUGACCAGACUUUUGAAAUUUGGAGAUAGAUACAGGAUACUGGACACCAGGGCAAAAUUUAUAAUGCUUCAUGACAUAAGACUAUUUCACAGCAGCUUACAUUAUAUUUGGAAGAGAAUCGUGAACGUGGUCUUCCUGAAAUACCAUAGAAAUAUGAUUCGUAGCGCAAAAAAUAAACCCUGGUUCGAUCUCUUAACUGUUCCCUUCCCAAAUCCAAUAAAAGGUGUUUUUAUAUCAAGACGUGUUGACACGUGGAGCGGAAAAUUUCAUUAUAAACGAGACCUCUUCGCGGAUAAAACGGGCAAUCUAAAUGGCGAAGUUUUAAAUGUAGUUUAUUUUGAACAUUUGCCAUCAGUGGUGGUCAGGAAGUUUAAUGGUACGAACGAGGUCGGUGGCGUUGAAAUUGAAAUUUUAAACACACUCGCUAAAAAAAUGAACUUCGUGCCCAAAUUAUACCAGCCGAUAAACUCACAUAUUCAUAAAUGGGGUGAGAGAUGCAGUAACGGGUCAUUUUCUGGUCUCCUCGGUGAAGUAGACAGCGGUCGAGCGGACGUAGCUCUCGGGAACUUGCAAUACACUCCUUAUCACUUAGAGUUGUCAGACCUGAGCAACCCGUACACGUCGCAGUGCUGGACCUUCCUUACCCCCGAGGCGUUGACUGAUAACUCCUGGAAAACGCUUAUUUUGCCUUUUAAUCUGUACAUGUGGAUCGCUGUUUUACUAGUUUUAUUAGUGACUGGCCUAAUAUUCUACGGCCUAGCGAAUUAUUACAUAAAUUUAUUAAACUAUAAAAAUUUGAAAAAUGAAAAACAUUACAAUUUCAAGUCUAACAAAAAAGUAGGUAAACUUUCCGAAGAUGCAAAACCUGUCGGUCUUUAUUUGUUCGGUGAAAUAACAAAUAGCAUUCUCUACACGUACGGAAUGUUGCUCGUUGUAUCUCUACCUAAACUACCGACCGGUUGGUCGAUCCGUUUACUUACUGGCUGGUACUGGCUCUAUUGCAUUCUUCUAGUCGUAUCCUACAGAGCUAGCAUGACAGCCAUUUUAGCUAAUCCAGAGCCUAGAGUUACUAUCGAUACUUUAAAAGAGUUAGUUAACAGUAAAAUAGCAUGCGGCGGCUGGGGACUACAGACAAAAAAAUUUUUUGAAGGAUCUCUCGAUGAAAUGGGACAAAAGAUCGCGGAGAGAUUUGAAAACGUUGAUAACCCGGAAAAAGCCGCUGAAAAAAUAGCCAAAGGCGUUUUUGCUUAUUACGACUGUUCCGACUUCCUCAAAUAUUUGAGCGUUAAGAGGAAAAUUGACAUGAAAUUGAACAAUUCUUCAACCAAGGAUGUUGAUGAAUUUAACGAUAAAAGGGGAGAAAGAAAUUUGCAUAUCAUGUCUGAUUGUGUUGUCAAUAUUCCGAUAUCAAUCGGUUUUCAUAAAAAUACGCCACUUAAGCCUUUGGCCGAUGUAUAUAUUAGAAGAAUUAUAGAAGUGGGUCUUGUAGGAAAAUGGCGUAAUGAUGCUAUGUAUAAAAUAAGAGCUAUGGACACAACAGAACAAGAAGUAAAAGCUUUGAUCAAUUUAAAAAAAUUGUACUGUGCCUUUGUGGCACUAGCUAUUGGUUAUUUACUCAGCUUCUUAUGUUUAUUUGGAGAAUAUAUCCAUUGGAACUUCAUUGUCAAACGAGAUCCCAGCUUUGAUAAAUAUGCUGUUGAUAUUUAUUACUUGAACAAAAACAAAAAAACUUGAAUUUCAAUAUUUAUUAAAACUAUUUACAUUUAAUGCAUGAACACAUGGAAAUUAGUAUUUCAGUAAUUUAACUUGAUGUUAUAAUUAUUAUAAUGUAAGAAGAAAAUCUGUAUUGUUCGUCUGUAGUUGACAAUAUUAAAUAUUUUAAAUGGU